GUUGAUCAUCGUUCUCACCAAUGAAAUUAGCUAAGUUGUACCACAAAAUCAAUUACCAUGCUCAUCACAAUACCUUCAGAAUCAAUGUAAUAGUCUUACGUGGAGACGAUAUCUUAACAUACAAGACCGAUUGGGUUGACCAAGAAUUCAUCGAUUGUGCGUACGAGAGUUUAGAAUAUUUCUUGAUAGAUGAAUCAGGAAUAAGAAUCAACGACGACGAUCUCGAUUAUUUGAGGGAACGCAUGUAUUACCUUAUUGAAGAAGUAAUUUGUUGCACAUUUGGGUAUGCUUUGGAAGUGUGGUUCGAGUUGGAUGAUGAUGAUGAUGCUCAAAUGUUAGAAGCCGCUCAACUUUCGUUUGAUGAGACCAGUAAUAUUACGCCACGACCUGUUAGUAAGCUCGUGGUCAAAUCCCUAACCAGGAGAACAUAUAUGACCAAAACUGAAAAGGAAGAAAAUAAUAAGAUUGACGUGGAAGGAUGCACAAUCUGUUUGCAACAGUUUAGCAACGGAGCAACAGUUGUGACUUUACCUUGUGGACAUGACUUUGACGAUGAAUGCAUUGUGAAGUGGUUUGAGAUCAAUAUUCUUUGUCCAGUGUGUCGUUUCGAGUUGCCAAGUGAAUAG